AUGACAGAAAAGCUGUUCUCAUGUGUUUCAUUGCUGCUGAGCGUUCCUCUUCGUACCACUCCCCAUGAAUGCAAGAAUCCUGAACUGGAUGGAUUCGCCGAUUGUUCCGCCUGUCAGCAAGCCGCAUUUCUGCACCAAAUGAUCAUGAACAUGACAGAAAACGUCUCACCGAAGCUGGAAAUGGCAAUCACAGCCACCGAGGAUGAUCCGGUCGACAGUUAUGACGCAACAACCCCAGGCACUUCACAUCCCAGCGCGGCAUUAUCCCCCCAAACCGCACCCGGUAGCAAAAGAGCUUCGCCCGCGACAGCAACCGCUCCUUCGGGAUUUUCUGAGGGUGGUCUGUGCUUCCAAACAGCCACCGUUGAGCAAACCGGUGACGAAGAGUUUGUUGGCAUUUUGCCAAGUGAAGAGGUUGAAGUAGCCAUGGCAGAAGCCACGACACUGACGGAGACCGAUGUAGGACGAGAGACCUGCCAGGUGGUGACGAGCAGCCUCGUAGAAGGAGUAAAGGUAAACGAAUGA